ACGAAGCCAAAUGAAAUGGACAGCCAGCUUGUGAUGGAACCCAUGAGCAGAAACCCACAAGAGAGAAAAUCCAAAAUUUUUAAUGGAUUACGUCCCAAAGACCUGUCUAUUAGCCCACCAGUGGGAAGGUUCCCGAAAGGAUUUGAAGCUGGAGUCACUCUCGUUGAUGCAGACUGGCGGCCAAUUCCUUGGACGAUUUGGACCGCGGCUGAAGAUCGUGGAGCCCAGGUUGGAACUUGCUUGGAUGCUCGCCACCCACCACCUUUAAAUAUUUCUAAGAUUCCGACCCAUCGAUUUGAAACUGACAAGAAGAAGAAGAAAGAGAAGUAUCCGAAGGCGUUCAUCAUGGCGGUGGAAUUUGAAACGAAAGGGAAGCAGCAAGGAGGUGUUCAUUAUGUAAAUGCUGGUGUUCCACGUGUUGUGGAAGGGAAUUUUGACGAAUUACAUCCUGAAUUUGGUAAUCUCACACUCGUAGAGGUUCUUCAAGAUCAGGAAAGUGUAUAUCAGUCACUCCAGAGAAAUGAUGCUCAGAGUGAUCUACCCAAAGCUUCAAGUAGUAAUUCUAAACAGAAUCAUGAUCAUGGCCAAAGCGGUGGGGCGGGGAGCUCUUCAGAGACCAUAAAUGUUGAUUCACAAUUAGCAGCAGAUGAAGCUUUAGCGAGGCAAUUGCAAGAGUUCGAGAAUUUACAUGUUGAUACUUCUUUCAGUGAAUUCACUGGAACAGAAGCUGGUAUAACUCCUGCAGAAUCUUCAGUAGUCAAUAGUGAACCAAAUUCUACCAACGUGCCUGAUGAGGAAACCAGGCAAGAUAAUGUAGACCCAGAUAAUAUGACUUAUGAGGAAUUGCAAUCACUGGGGGAAGCCAUAGGUAGUGAAGGCCGAGGGUUAUCAGACGAGCUUAUAUCCUACUUGCCAUCUUCAAGAUACAAAACUGGGUUCUUUUCAAGAAAAGGCAAACAUGAGGAGUGUGUAAUCUGUCAAUCAACUUACAAGAACCGAGACAAGUUGAUCACCUUGCCCUGCAAGCAUUAUUAUCAUUCAAAAUGUAUAAGCCAUUGGUUGAAGAUCAACAAGGCAUGCCCAGUGUGCAAUGAGGAGGUAUUUGGGUGAAGGCAGUGCCCAACUAGAAAUGUUCUGAAUGAUCUGGCAAUAAAUGAUUCUCUUCAUCUAAAAGACUUGGUUAAACAUGCUAAUGUAUAUUUCCUGUCAUGAUGUCACAAGAGCCGAUGAGUUAUGAAACUGAAAUAAUCUUUUAGUAUGUAAAGGUCAAUUUAUAUAUCAUGCUUUAUAUGGUAGAAAAAAGAAACCCAGAAAGAUUAAGGUUA